UAUACUAACCUUACUUUUACGUAGUUGUUUACUACCAUUACUACUCGUGCUGUGUGUUUGUCGCACACGUUGUGUUCCCUAAUAAAUUUUUAAAUAAAGCUUGGAAUAUUGAAAAAACAACAGUACGUGAUGGAGGAUGAAGAAAAAUGUGUACUCUUUCACGAAAUGGAACUGGAUGACAGAAUUCUGAAGGCUAUUGAAAAGCUGGGAUGGGCAAGCCCAACUCUAAUCCAGGAAAAAGCAAUACCCCUUCUUUUAGAAGGAAAAGAUGUUUUGGUGCGAGCCCGCACCGGUUCCGGAAAAACGGCAGCUUUUUCCAUACCUGUUAUACAGAAGAUUUUGAAUUUGAAGAAAACAUCCACUCAGCAAGACACUAAGGCUCUAGUAUUGGCGCCCAGUAAGGAACUAUGCCAACAAAUUUACAGGGCUAUUAAGGAUAUUAGUAUUAAGUGCUCUAGAGAGGUUAGAUGUGUCGACAUUGCACCCCAGGAAGACCUAAAUAUUCAGAGACCUCUGCUGAUGGAGAAGCCUGAUAUUGUGGUCGCUACACCUGCCAGAUGCUUGCAACACAUGUUGGCGGGAAAUUUGAAUUUAAAGAAAUCCUUAGAAAUUCUUGUUAUAGAUGAAGCUGAUUUAGUAUUUUCCUUUGGCUAUGAAACAGAAAUAAAACAACUAUUAGAAAAGUUACCAAAUAUAUACCAGGCAAUUCUGUCAUCAGCUACAUUAAGUGAAGAUGUCAAGAGUUUGAAAAAGAUCGUAUUGCACAAUCCGGUUAUUUUGAAACUUGAGGAACCCGAUUUGGCGCCGGCUAGUCAACUGACUCAUUAUAAUCUUAAAGCUGAAGAAAUGGACAAAGCUACCAUUUUGUACGCUUUACUUAAAUUGCAUUUAAUACGAGGAAAAACGAUAGUUUUCGUUAAUACUGUAGACAAAUGUUAUAAGCUAAAAUUAUAUUUAGAACAAUUUGCCAUACGCACCUGUGUAUUAAAUUCAGAACUGCCCAGCGCCAUAAGAUGUCAUUCCGUAAAUCAGUUCAAUCAAGGAGUUUACGAUAUUAUAGUUGCAUCUGACGAAAAAUCUUUGGAGCAACCCAGUAACGAAGGUGCGCCAGAUCUUGUUGGUCACAAAAAACCUAGCAGAUUUCAGCGAAACAAAGACAAAAAUAGCGGCGUAUCAAGAGGAAUAGAUUUUCAAUGCGUUUCCAAUGUCAUUAAUUUCGAUUUUCCUUUGGAUGUGCAGUCUUAUAUUCAUAGAGCUGGCAGAACUGCGAGAGGAAAUCAUCAGGGAAGCGUAUUGUCUUUUGUGAGCAUCAAAGAAGGCCCUCUGUUAGAUAAAGUUGAAAAGUGUCUUAAACAAGGCGAGGACAUUUCAAUAUUUAGGUCCUACCAAUUCAAGUUAGAAGAAGUGGAGGCUUUUAAAUAUCGAGCCAAAGAUGCAUGGAGAGCAGUUACCAAAAUCGCCGUUCGCGAGGCAAGAUUAAAAGAGAUCAAGCAAGAAAUCCUUAACUGUCAAAAAUUAAAGAGCUACUUUGAAGACAAUCCAACAGAUCUUCAAGUGCUUCGUCACGACAAAGCGCUACAUACAGUUAAAGUACAGCAGCAUUUGAGCGAUGUUCCUGAUUAUAUUGUGCCACCAACUUUGAAAAAUCUUGCUGGCUUGAACAAGAAAACCAAGAGAAAACGCGAUCACAGCAGGUCGGCGGAUUUGAAAGCCAAAUUACAGGCAAAAAAGAAAAACCCUCUAGCAAGUAUGCAGUUUGAAGGUUUCAAAAAGAAAAGGAAGAUGCUUAGUUAUUAAAAGUUUUCUUUUUAAGUUAAUGUAAUGUUUUUUGAAAUACAGUUAAAUAAGUUGU